AACACACACGGUCCAGUUUGUUGAAACAGAGCAGCUUAGUUUUUCAUCUGCCGAGGAGCAGAGUGAGCUGGGAGAGACAGGAAGAAAAGAGGCGAGCUAGCGAGCUGCAGCCAUGGGGUUCUGGUGUGGGCCUUCCGAUGUCCAGGUGCUCCCCCAUACGACCACCACUUCCUCCUCAUCCUCCUCCUCGUCCUCCUCCUCCUCGACUAAAGAUUCUGGCGAUGGCGGCAAGAAGAAGCAGCAAGAAGGUGUAAAGAAGGAACAGGGGAAGGAGAAGAAGAGGAGCAACCUUGACCGGGCCGCCCUCACAACGCCCCGCCUCCCCUUCCAUUCUCGACCCGGUCUAAUGUGACAGAUUAGCCGAGAACCAGUGUAUUUCAUCGAAAUAUAUGAUCUUGUGUGUUCUCCUAUUAGCCUAUGGCCGAGUCUGGAACUUAGGAUGCAUAGCUUCCAUAGCUCCGUCGAAGUUUCGAGUUUUGUAAUUUUGCCACAUGUUCUAUUUAUUCAGUGAUGGGUUGGCUGUAUCAAAAUAUCCAAAUUGCAGGUGUGUUAUA